CUAUGUGAUCAAUAAAAAAUGAUAAAUUCAUAAUCAUUAUAUGUUAAUUAUAUGGUAUCAUGACAACCCUAGUUCUUACUAGAAAAUUACAGACCCCAUUUUAAAUCUUUCAUAUAUGGUAAGGUAACUUUAAAAAAUCAACACAGUAACUUCUUAGACCUUUAAUCAGACCCUUAAUCAUAGCACAGAAACUGCUAUGCUAUUCAGAAAUUUUCUACUCGUUUCUUUUUUUUCUUUUUUUUUUUUUUGCAGGUGUGGUAAAUUCAACUAAACUAUACAUAACUGUAAUAGUUCCUUACACACCACACAAAAUGGAUACCACAUUUACCUUAGUAUUCAAAGCUUUACAACAUUUCGUGUGAACAGUUUCAUUGGUCGACCUCCAGAUUUUCCAGUCUAGUCGAUGUGACGCUCUAGGCGGGAUUCAGUGAGGCCGAGAUGGCGUGCCGCCAUGUUUGAUUUUAGAUAGCCCCUCCCCCUCAGCAUCUUCAUGAGGACACUGAGGAUAACGAGCACGACGGUUGUUAGACGGAGUUGGACUUUUGGCAGUCUUGACCGAAUAUGGCCUCGCCGAGGACAAUAACCAUCGUCGCUCUUUCUUUUGCACUAGGCCUCUUUUUUGUCUUCAUGGGAACGAUUAAACUUACACCGCGGUUAAGCAAAGAUGCCUACAGUGAAAUGAAAAGGGCAUAUAAGAGUUAUGCAAAGGCUCUGCCAGGCCUGAAGAAGCUGGGCAUCACCUCAGUGCUUCUGCGUAAGAUCAUCGGCACUGUCGAAGUGGCAUGCGGUGUGGUCCUGACACUUGUGCCUGGGAAACCGAAGGAUGUGGCAAACUUCCUGCUGCUGCUGGUCAUGCUUGCUGUGCUCUUCUUUCACCAGCUAGUUGGUGAUCCUCUGAAACGCUAUGCCCAUGCACUGGUGUUUGGCAUCCUACUCACCUGUCGCCUCCUGAUCGCACGCCAGAGUGAUGACCGACCUGAGCGAGAGGAACGACGAGAGGAACAGGUCAAUGCUCAGGAAAAAAACAAAAUCAAAGUUUCUUAGCUUCUCUUUUUCUGACUGUAGGAAAUGCAAAAUGUGGACAUUUCCUGAAUAUCUGAUAUGGUGUGACAAGUAAAGAGGGUUACCACAAAAGGUGAUUUCCAUUCUUUAUACCCAUACAAGCUGUCCAACUGUACAGUUCUUUUAGCCUUCAAUUUAAAAACCUUGUUCCUAAACACUGAACCUAAGAGUGAAUAACUGAUUAUGAUUGCCCUUGUUAACCCCUGCUGUCCUUUUUUUAAACUGGAAUUUAUGUAAUACCACCCUAUGUAAUGCUAAUAUUAUUAUUAGUCUACCAUCAGCUUUAAGGGACUUAUUAUUGUUAUUAUUAUUAUUAUUAUUAUUAUUAUUAUUAUUACUCCCAUAGUGAUUAUUUCUUUCUGACACUCUAUAGAAAAGACAUAAUGGUUUCUUACAUACAAAGAAUCAGUUAGAAAAAAUGUUCAUUAGAUAAGAGCUAUGAAAAACAUCUUGUAAAUCAUUUUAACUCUGAUGCAAUGCAAAAGAUUUAAGAUUCUGUUUUCUCACAGUAGGCUGUCAGACUUUCCGAGCAUGAUACUCCAGUGGUUGUUAUAUUACAGACGUGCCACAAAUUGCUGAAAAUGAACUGUUUUCUGUGUGUAAAAGAUUUGCUGUUUUGUGUUAGGACAUGAAUUGUUUUUAAUUAUUGGUUUUUUUUUUUUUGGUUUUUUUUAAAUAAAAGAGACAAUUCCCGUAUUGUUGCUUUCAUGUUUCUUUUACCAGAUUUAGUUUGGUAACUGUUACUUGUAAAAGUUCAAUAAAGAUAUCUUCAUCCUUCAAAUCUGUAUUAACCUUAUUAUAAGAAACUACUGAUCUUUAGUACUAAUCUCAAUUUAAGUAAAAGGGAAAUUAAUCUUAAUUUAAAACUGUGCUUAAAAGGCUUAAAAAUUCAGGAGAAUAAAUGCAUUCAGAAAGUAUUCCAAUGCCUUCCUUUUUUUCCUAGUUAUGCUUCCACCACUAAGUGGUGAAGUUUUUAAUCUGUGUUUGUCCAAGAUACUCAGUAGCAUGAUAUCUAAAGAACAAGCAGUUUGCAGAAUGUUUGUAGGAUUUAUUGUCAUGUCACCUGAGGCAAUUCCACCUUUGGCCACUAGAAGGCACCCUGACUGUCCUUGCAUAACUUCUUCCUCUGUUGUCUCCUCCCAUUUCCUGUCUCAACCAUACUCAUGCGUUUUUCAUUUCCCCUGAUUGAUUAGUGCCCUAUUUAAGUUGCCUGUUUUUCUUCCUUAGGUGCUGGAGUAUUAGUUAAAGUCCGGUCACAUUUGUGGUUUGGCCACUUAUAGGUGUUAUUGAUGUUGUUUAUGCAGUUUAGUACUUUUUCUUAGGGUUUAUUUUCUAGUUUUAUUCUGUUUCUGAUGGCCAUGGUACCUAGUGUGUUUAUUUCUUGUGCCUGUUUCUCUGAGCCUGUUUCCUGUGUCUGUCUGCAAAUAAAGAGUUCUGCAUUUGUAUCUGCCGCCAUGGACUCAUCAUGGCAGAAUGCUCCAGGCAUUCAUGGAUGCAGCAGAACUCCAGUGAGGCGGUUAUACCUUAAGAGCCUUUUCACUAACAGGAGGGAUAUUGGGGGCAGUGGGAUAGACUGGAUUAGGAGAGGGUUUGAGCUCAGAGCUGGAGGCUCUCUACUGUCCUCCUGCCCCACUGAGAUUGUGUAUUUACCCUGGUGGUGCUUCAGAUUGCCUCCGUAAUGUCCCCUAGGGCAAUUCCACGUUUGGCUACUACAAGGCACCCUGACUGUCCCUACAGAACUUAUUACUCUGUUGUCUCCUUCCAUUUCCUGUCUCAACCAUACUCGUGUGUUGUUUUUUUUUUUUUUUUCCAUUUUCCCUGAUUGAUUAGUGCCCUAUUUAAGUUGCCUGUUUUUCUUCCUUAGUUACUGGAGCAUUAAUUCAAGUCAGGUCACAUUUGUGUUUGGGCUUCUUAUUUGGGCCCCCUGAGCCUGUGUCUGUCUGCAAAUAAAGUUCUGCAUUUGUACCUACCUCCAUGGACUUGCAUCAUGACAUUUGGGGACUUAUAGUUAGCAUGCAGAUAAACUGAUUCAAUUUUAGAGUUGAUCCAAACGCUUCAAGGUCACAACUAGGUCAAAUAACAAAUAAUUUUCCUUCCUGAUUGUCAUACAGAUGCUACAUACAUAUUUAUGUUGAUGAAAUUGAAGCCCCCCUUUUUUUGUGUGUGUUUUUUGGGCUAUCCACAAUUUAUGCCGUCAGUCCAUCCAUGUGUCUAGCAGAGAUUCCUGUUAACAUGAUCUUUCAAGAACAAAUGGUUGAAUGUUUGUAGGAUUUAAACAACUGUAACAAUCAGAUAAACAUUAGAUUUUGGAACUGAUCCAACGGGUUAAAGCAAGAUCAAAUGAAAGUUUGAAAUAGUGUUUCUUCAAUAGCUUCCUUCCUGUUCAUGCAUACAAUUUUCUAACAAGAAGGAUUAGUCUUCUUGGUAAUUGAGACAUCCCCAUUAAUGCUGUUGGCAUCAAAUGCUGCUUGUUUUCUGUUUUA